GUUUGACGUCAGAGGCGACCGGAGAGGCUGCUCGUGCAUGGACGGGCUCGAUGAGUUUCGCGGGUCUGUGGAAGACAAGAGUCCAGACAGAGUGAAGGCAAGGGACGCGUCGGAUGUCUCGGAACCGGUGGGUUUUACUGACGGAGUCGGUGCAAUAAGUCUGCAUGAGCCUUUUUGGACUGAAAUGCUUCUGAGACCCUCCUGAGAGAAUUCUGAAACAAACACUCCGGAUCAAUUCUGAAACACUCCUGAAACGCUACUGAAAUUGUUUUGAAAUGCUACCCAAACACACGCUCCUGAAAAGCUAUUGAAACAUUGCUGAAGCACUUCCGAAACUAACAUUAGUGAAAAGAUUUGGAAACACUACUGAAAUGAUUCAAAAACACUACUGAAAUGAUUCAGAAACAAUUCUGAAAUGCUAUUGAAACAUUACUGAAACACUACUGAAAUUAACACUACUGCAAUGAUUCAGAAACGCUACUAAAAUGAUUUGGAAAAGAUUCUGAAAUGCUAUUGAAACUGCUGAAACGCUACUGAAACUAAAGGUACUGCAAUAAUUCAGAAACGCUACUGAAACAUUUCUGAAAAACUACUGAAACUAACACUACUGAAAUGAUUCAGAAACAGUACUGAACUGAUUAGAAAACGUUACUGAAACUAUUUGGAAACAUAACUGAAACAUUACUGAAAAAACAUUCUGAAAUACUAUUGAAACAUUACUGAAACACUACUGAAAUUAACGCUACUGCAACGAUUCGGAAAUGAUUCGGAAACACUACUGAAACGAUUUGGAAAAGAUUCUAAAAUGCUAUUGAAACUACUGAAACACUACUGAAACUAACGCUACUGCAAUGAUUUAGAAACGCUACUGAAACAUUACUGAAAAAACAUCCUGAAACGCUACUGAAAAGAUUCCGUAACAGUACUGAACUGAUUAGGAAACACUACUGAAACCAUUUGGAAACAUAAAUGAAGCAUUACUGAAAAAACAUCCUGAAACGCUACUGAAAAACUACUGAAACUUACACUACUGAAAAGAUUCAGAAAUGGUACUGAACCAAUUAGGAAACGCUACUGAAACUAUUUGAAAACAUAACUGAAACAUUACUGAAAAAAACAUCCUGAAAUGCUACUGAAAAACUACUGAAACACUCCUGAAACGAUUAAUAAACUUUACUGAAACAUUACUAAAAAAGCAUCCUGAAACACUACUGAAACUAAAACUACUGAAAAGAUUCCGUAACAGUACUGAGCUGAUUAGGAAACACUACUGAAACCAUUUGGAAACAUAAAUGAAGCAUUACUGAAAAAACAUCCUGAAACGCUACUGAAAAACUACUGAAACUUACACUACUAAAACGAUUCAGAAACGGUACUGAAACGAUUAGGAAACGCUGCUGAAACGAUUUGGAAACACAACUGAAACAUUACUAAAAAAACAUCCUGAAACACUACUGAAACAAUUCUGAAAUGCUACUGAAACAUUACUGAAAGAAUAAUGAAACUAUUUGGAAAUGCUACUGAGACAAUUCAGAAACGCUGCUAAUAUUUAUUUGGAAACUACAGAAAUGAUUCAAAAAUGCUACUGAAACAUUACUAAAAAACCCAUCCUAAAACGCAACUGAAACGACAAACAUCCUGAAACACGAAUGAAAUGCUUUUGAAACAUUACUGAAACAAACUCUCCUGAAAUUAUUUGGAAACGCUACUGAAACAUUAAUGAAACACUACAGAAAUGCUCUCUGAAUGAACUCGCCAUGAGAGACUGGAGUUGUUCUUCGAGCGCGUGAGCACAUCGUUGCAGUAUGUCGACCAGCACUGAGCUGCCGUUGUGCUGCCCGACCUGUGGAGAGGCAUGUGGCUUUGGAGACCACCUGUCCAGCGUCCGCUCCUGCCAGAAACUCUGUCUGAACCCAAGACGAAGCUCUGAGGGGGGACUGAUGUCCCUGUACGCCCAACGAGAGAGAGAUAUCGCUCGUCCACUGCGCCUGGAGCUCCUGGAUGCCAUGAGUUUGGCAACCCGAAAGAUCCUCAUCCAGAGGGACUCGCCCUCCUCGGUGCUGGCAGUCGCCGUGACCUCCAGGGCCGCAGAGGCGGAGGCAGACGCCGGUCACGCCGUGGCUCAGCUGGGUGUGCCGUGGCUGGGCAGGCUGGCGCUGGAGGCCCGGCUUCAGCAGCUGGCUCUGGAGGUGCAGGAGCGAGUGUCACUCAAACUGGAGGCUCUGCAGGACGAGGUGAAGAGGAGGAGCGUGGAGGUGAGCAGAGCCAGGAGAGAGAGCGAGCGGAUGCACAGAGAGAAGCACGAGGCGGAGGAGAGAGCGGCUGAGCUGGAGCGCCAGGUGGACAUUUCUGUGGAGAUGCUGGCCAGCCUCAGAUACGAGCUGAGAGAGAGAGACGAACAACUCCGACGCAAACAACAGGAAGUGUGUGACCUGGACAGGUUUGUGCGGGACACGGCAUUCCAGGAAGCAAGCGCAAAGAUCCGCCUGCAGCACUUCAUUGAAGACCUGCUGGAGAGAGCGGAGCGGGCCGAGACGCAGCUGCAGAACAUCCACGAUGAUGUCACUUCCUCUCACAGAUACCUGGCAGGAAGCAGAGCUACAGGGUACCAGAGGAGUUACAGCGUGUCGGGGUCGACCAGGAGAUCCUCUCAUCUGUCUGAUCAACACUACAGGUAUGACCGGAGGCAGCGGACGCUGUCGGUGGGUUCGGGCGGUUGUGAGGGUCAAUGGGACAGACGGCAGUAUCUGUGUGGAGGCGUUGAGGGUCCCGACAGCAGCUCUGACUCGCCCUGGCUGAUCCGACACACUCACACCGACGCCGAUUCAGACAACUGGUCCCUUUACACCGCAGAAUCACAGGACGACACACAACAACGCACGGGCUACAGGACCUACAGCCGCACGGGUCAGGAUCUGUCGGGGGUUCACUGGUGUGUGAACAGACGCAGUGAAUCGAUGGUGUGUUCAGAGCGUCUGCGGCUGAAAGCUGCUCUGUUCUGUGUGUUUAUUUAUCUGGACACACGCUCUCUACUCACUGCUGCUGAGGUGUGUAAAGACUGGCGAAGCGUCGCACGUCAUCCUGCUGUUUGGACCAGAGUAACACUCGAGAACGCACGCGUGUCAUCAAAGUUCUUGAUGACUCUGUCUCAGUGGUGCUGUCAGACUCAGUCUCUUGUUCUUCACAACCUCAAACCUCGAUCUCGUGGCAAGAAAGAAAGCAAAGAUGAGUACUUACGGAGCACGAGGGGUGGACUGGAGGCGGGACUGGAGGCGGUGCUUAAAUCAGCAGGGCGGAGUCUUGUAGCUCUGAGCGUCUCUCAUUGUCCCAACAUUCUGACGGACAGAUCGCUGUGGCUCGUCAGCUGUCACUGUCGGGCGCUGCAGUCGCUCACAUACAGAAGCGCGUCGGAUCCGGCCGGACAGGAAGUGAUCUGGGCUCUGGGAGCGGGAUGCAGGGACGUCACAACACUGCGGAUCGCUCCUCUGCAGCCGUGUCUGCAGCCCAAUCGCUUUAGUAACCGAUGCUUGCAGACGAUUGGUCGAUGCUGGCCAAACCUGUGUCGGGUGGGCGUGGGCGGGGCCGGCUGCGGCAUCCAGGGAUUGGCCUCUUUGGUGAGGAACUGUGUGAAUCUGUGUGUGCUGGAGCUGGAUCACAUGAACGAGCUGAACCAGGAGGGGGCAGCAGAGAUCUGCAGAGACGGACUCCUGCAGCUGCACACGCUCUCCUUCAUCUCCACACCCGUCACCGCUAAAGCCAUACUGCACUUCACCAGUGUGUGUGUCAAUCUGAAGUGUGUCGUGGUUCAGUUGUGUAUAGCUGAUUACUUUGAGGACGCCGACAACGAAGAAGCCAAGAGAUUAUUUGAGGAGAUAGUCAACAACCUACAGGCAUUGAGAAAGCGACCGGGUCUGAGUGACGUCCUACAGAUCAAAGUGGACAAACCCUGAGAGUGACGCGUGUCUGAUUCACUGUGACAAUCUGAUACACACACACACACACCUGCCAAAACACAUGCCUACACACACACAUAUGCACAAAAAAACACACACCUUUACAAACACAACAUGUUCACACACACAUAUGCACAAACACACAUAUACACAAAAACACAUGCACAAACACACACAUAUGCACAAACACACACAUGCUCACACAUAUAUACACAAAAACACACAUAUGCACAAACACACACACACAUAUGCACAAACACACACACAUAUAUAUAUAUAUAUAUAUAUACACACACAAAAACACACAUAUGAACAAACACACACAUUUGCACAAACACACACACAUGCACAAACGCAUGCACAAAUACACUCAUAUGCACACACACACAUAUACACAAAAACACAUGCACAAACACACACACACACACACAUAUAUAUACACACACACAAAAACACACAUGCACAAACACACACAUGCACAAACACACACAUAUACACAAAAACACAUGCACAAACACACACAAUGCACAAGCACACACAUAUGCACAAACACACAUAUAUAUACACACACAAAAAUACAUAUGCACAAACACUCACACAUAUGCACAAACACACACAUAUAUGCACAAAUACACUCAUAUGCACAAACACAUAUAUGCACAAACACAUGCACAAAUACACUCAUAUGCACACACAUAUAUGCAAAUACACACACAUAAAGAAAAACACGCAUAUGCACAAACACACAUGUACACACACACAUAUAUACACAAAAACACACCUAUGCACACACACAUAUGCACAAACACACACAUACACAAACACACACACAUAUACACAAAAAACACAUAUGCACAAACACACAUAUAGACACAAACACACACACACACAAACAUAUAUAAAAACACACACCUAUGCACAAACACGCACACAUAUGCAUAAACACACACACGCACAAAUAAGGCACUUUUGAGUAUGGAGAGUUUUAGGUUUGAGACCGAAGCACAAUUGUAAAACAACUAUACAUACUCAGGUCUGUUGAUUUUUUUAUAACAUUAAAGUAGUUUCAGGAAUAUAACUCAAAUAUAUUAUGAUAGCGGUUAGCUGUAGUUGUAAUGUCGCAAUAAAUUCUGUUUUAGUAGCUAAGUUCAGGAGGAGCCUGUUCAGAUAAUCCACCCAAUCAGUGUGAGAGGAGGCUUAUAUAGAGAUGACUUUCCUGUUCCAUGUUCUCCAGCAUCCCUCCUCCACCCCACCUCCUCACUCUCCAUUAUUCCUAUCCCAGCCAGGGAUAAGGGCCCUCUUCUCGGACAGCACGCCAAAUACACAUACUUUAUACUAUAUCUGAUUAUAUGUAUGUGCAAACUCGUGAAGUAUCAGUAAAUGUUAUUGAAAUCAUUCAGUACGCAUGUAUGCAUGAACACAAAGGUCUUCCGACAGGCGUCUCAAACAGCAGGAAUCUGAACUGAAUCUGUUUAGUGUUCAUAUGUUUUAUUCAUUGGCUGCAUCCAAAAUCACAUACUUCUCUACUAUGUAGUAGGCGAAAAACAGUAUGUGACAAGAGUAGUGUGUCUGAAUUCACAGUACUCAAAAAAGAGUCGGCAAAAAGUAUCCAGAUGACCUACUACUUCCAGCACGAAUCUGAAGUGUGCAUACUAUGGACACAACCAAAAUAUGUGAACAAAAUGCAACUUUUCAGUUUUGGAAAUUACUAGAUUUAUGACUUUAUUUAAAUGGCUGGUCAUCAGUGGUGAUCAGCUUUCCUGUAGACCAAAGCUGUCAAUUACGGUUCUUUAUAAUGCAAAUGAAAAUCCUAAAAAUAUCCUGACAGCAGCUUUUAGACAAUCUGAACUGUGAGCGAUUAAACUGCCACAUUAAUACAAAAGGAGGUUUUUAUUCUCUAACGAGAGACACGUAGGCUAUUAAAAUGUUCUAAAACCAGUGGUGGUAUUUAUAUUUCUCCCUCUUUUCUAUGGCACAAAAAUAAUCAUCUCGCACUUUUCAUCUUCUAAUUCUGAUGUUGGUCAGAGGCUAUGAGCCCAAAUGAUGAGCCCAGAUGUUUUUGUGUUUAAGAAGCACAUGAAACACAUCAAAGAUCAGCGUUAUUAACAUUAGAUGUGCAGCAAUAAAUGUGCUCAUUCUUUGUCACGUUUGACUGUGUUUGAUUAAUGAAGUGUCUGUGUAGAGCUUAUUAAACUCCUCUGUGAAGUGUUAGUAAGUGAAAAUGAGUUAAGGACAAAUUAAACAAAGGUUGAGACAAUUAUUCAGGUGAAUAUUACCUCAUGUAACAAAAACAUUUAUGGUGCAUUUUCAUGUAUGAUGUACUUUGCGGGAACAAAUGAAAGUGCAAAACGAAAAAAUAAACUUGAGUAUUUGCGA